ACAGAAAUUAACAAAUUUUUUUAUAAAUAUGAUUAAAAUAAUAUAUUCUUUAAAAUAUUAUCUUGAUCGUUAUCAUUUAUUUAUCUUUGUUGGAUUAAGCUUUAGCCUUCUUUUCCUAAUGAUCAAUUCAAAUCGAAUAAGCUCUUGUAAAUUUGGGGACGUAUUUUAUCAAGUAGAUGAUAUUUGGUAUCCAAAAAUCAAAGUUGAUUCGCAAAAGACAAGAGAAUCUUUGCCCAUCAAAUGCCAAUGUUUGAAAUCUAGAAAUGUUAGGUGUAAACUCUCUCAUUGUAAAGAUCACCCUGAUAUCUAUGAAUGUCUCUCACUUCAAAAUAAAGGAUCAAAAGAUUUAGAAUACGAUAACUCUUCAUACCAUUCAGAAAAAGACAAAAGCAUAUUAUCCGCUCAUCUUAUAGUCGACAGUAAUAGGCCAUUCAUCAAAAAGUUUUAUUCGAAAGAUCAAAACGGUAUUAACCAUAAAAACAAGGUAUACAGAGCAAGAUACGACGAGACAUCCAAAGAUUGUGUAUUCAGAGGCAAAUUUUAUAAACACUAUUCCAAGUUCACUACAAAUUAUAGCGGGCUUGCAACAAAGAAUUCAGAUCAAUGCGUCGAAUGCAUAUGCACUAACCAAAAAAUUUUGUGUCGCCUGAGAACUUGUGGAUUUAUAGCUUCAUUUGAUUGUGAAGAGAAGGAACUGGUCGUGGCGGAAAAAGAAGGAUGUUGCCCUGUUUGUAAAUCCUCAAUUCCAAGAAUAAAGGAAGAUUGGUUGGACGACGUUUACGACGAUUAUAAUUAUAAAGAUAAAAAUUUACACCAAAGAGAAUCUAGAAAUUUAGAGUUAAAAAAUGAUCUACCUAUUAUUGAUAAAGGUAAACUCCAAAUGAAAUCGAAUUAUAAUGCCAGGACAAAAUUCAAUCUUAAUAUUUUGAAAAAAAAAGCUGGUAAUCAUGAUCAAGUAGCAAUAAAUUUUACUGAUUCUAUGAAAUUUUCUGAUGGUAACAAUAUUUCAAAGCAUAUAUACAAACAUUGGAUUGAUAAUAUUUAUAUUAAAAUUGAAGAUAAAUCAAAUAAGCUAAAUGGAAAAAGAAAUUGCAAUGUAGGGGGAAAAUUUCACUUACAUAAUAGUGAAUGGAUACCAGGAAUUAAAUUAGCUUACAAUGUUAAAGAAUUCAAUAAUUAUCAUAAUCAAGAAAAAUGCAUAUAUUGCACAUGCUUAGUAAUUAAAGAUAAAUCGAAAUUCAAUUGAUAUGAAGAAUUAAUCUCUCAAAUCGAUAGUAAUCAUUUAAGACUUACACUAAGGAAUUUAAACUUAAAAAGCAACCUCACACCCUUAAAGAAAUCAAGUUAUACUGAAGAUCUCGGUUCUCAGAUGGUUAUGGGGUACUAGUAGGUGCGGUUUGCCCCAAUGACAUUAAUACUGUAGACUGACGAUUAAUAUAUUUGAAGUGGCAAAAAUUGAAGUGACUGGUGGCCAUUUUGUGUUUGUAUCUUUUACGAAAGAACCAUAUGAUAAUUUCAUAAAUUUCAGUAUAUAUGAAUCAAAUAAAGGUCACUACUGAAUAUGAAGAAAAGAAAGUUAGAUGUGAUAUCUGUUUACAUUCCCUAAUUGAUAAUUCCGCAAACGACAAUAAUUAUACAUUAAUAAAAAUUAAGAAUUAUGGUGGAUUGAUAAUACCAUCCCAAAGCGUGUCAAAUUUAUGCAAAAUAACAGAGAGCUCAUUCAGGGCUUUUGAAAAAAUAGAUGAAAUAACCAAAAGACAUGCUGUUAAAAAAAUAGAAUGUCUAAUAUUGUCAAAAAUAUUAGGCACAAAUAUCCUUAGUGACCUGCAAGAUCAUAUGUUUGAUCAAGAGGCAGGGUUAAGUCAUUAUCAAAUUGUACUUAUAAUAAAAAGAUGCCUGCACAUAAGAAUGCAUCAUUUUGGUAAUAAAGUAUAUCAAAAAUUACAAUUAAUAUCCAAAAACUAAACAAGGC